AUGGAUAACGCACAUUUGCGUCAACAAAUCGCUGCAAUGAGACACUCCUUCUUUGAUGAGGAGAUUUUGGACGGACAAUUUUGUCAAUUGGAACGUCUAGAGAAUGGAGGUAACCCCAAUUUUGUAGAGGAAGUGCUCACCAUGUAUUUCAGAGACUCCACUAUACUGCUACAAUCUGUUGAACAACAAAUGGAAACUGACACCACUGAUUUAGCUCGAGUAGAUAGGAUGCUUCAUAAGUUCAAGGGCAGCACUGCCAGCAUCGGUGCUUGUAAAGUUCGCGAUAACAUCACUAAAACACGAGAGCUUUUGGAGGAAGGGGACCUAGAAAGGGCAAAACUCGCCUUCCGACAGCUACGAAUGGAGCAUAACAACCUCAGAGCGAAGCUUGAGCCCUACUUUCAGCAACUGAGACAAGUAGGCCCUGUGGAGACUGCAACUCGUCCCAGGGGAAGUGAUCAUGCAUUCAUCAAAUAA